CGUUACUGUUCCAAGGUUGCCCACACCUUACAUUACGUAAGCAUCGAACAUAUUAUCUCAAUUCUCAUUUCACUCAUACAUCUGCAACCAUGAAGAUGUUACGCAUGGUAUGUUUUAUGCUGACCAUACUCCAUGUUCUGUGCCUCCCAUACGAUCCAGAAGACAUGGAUUUGAAAACGGUCUUACCAUCUAGCGGUCAAUUUGAAGCGUUUUACCCUCGUGUGGCCCACGGAGUGCCCAAUGGAUCGUCCCGACCUGCACAUGGCCACGGAAGCUUCUACAAGCACCGCAACCCGGCUCUCGUCGACGUGAAAAACGCAGCAGCCUAUGGGUUCCGCUUUGAUGGUGGUAGACGAUUCAACUUUGACGAUUAAAACGAAUUUGGAUUAAAUAAUAAAGCUUAUAAUAUUGCA